CUUUCUUUGUAGAUGUCGCUCACAUGAAAUCAACUUCCUGAAGAAAAGCCGGCGUUAGAUAGAAACGUGGAAACGCAUACUCCUUUGUUUUUCCAAUGGUUAUCGGAGUGCGAGCUAUGCUGGCACGCUUUCAGCUUCCUCGGGGACGUGAAGGGUCACGCUUUUUGCUAGUUUCACUUUUGAUUUGUUUGAAGUGUAGUGCGACACAUGCGAUCGGGGAUGUCAUUUGGGCUGUAAAUUGUGGAGGAGAGGGGCAUACUGAUGUCCACGGGAUUCGAUAUGAGAAGGAUUCCGCUCCGGUUGGGAUUCCUUCGGACUAUGGGAAAACCCUAAUGAUCGACAGAGUAGUUCCACAAGACCAAAUUCUGUAUCAGACCGAACGAUAUCACAUGUCCACUUUUGGUUAUGAUGUACCCAUCAGGGAGGACGGGGAUUAUGUUUUGGUGCUGAAAUUCUGUGAAGUUUGGUUCACAUCACCAAAUAAAAAGGUGUUUGAUGUGACCUUGAAUGGAGAACACACUGUGGUAGAGAAUCUUGAUAUCUACAACAAAGUAGGGAGAGGUGUGGCUCAUGAUGAAAUUGUACCCUUCUCAGUAAGAAAUGGCAAAUUGAAAGUCAACGGUGAAACUUCAAAAAUCAAUGGAAAAGUUUCUGUGGAAUUUAUCAAGGGAGAAUAUGACAACCCCAAAAUCAAUGCAAUAUAUGUUAUGAAAGGCACAGUUGAAGAUGUCCCAAGCCUGGCUCCCCUUCCUGGGGUCCAAAAGGAACCAGAGGAGGAAGAAGAGGAAGAUGAAUUAAAUGAAUCAAAGUCAUCAAAAUCACGUCGGCCAUCCGGCCCAAAAGUGGCCGACCCUUACUCUGAGGAUGACACCAGUACCAUCCUCUUGCCUGUAUUUGUAGCAGUAGGCGCAUUCUUCCCACUUUUGUUUUGUUUAUGUAAACUUUGAUCAAAUUAAGUAUUUUUAUUUAAAAAAUGUUAAAAUCCUUUUACAAGAUAUAUAUUAUGCAACAUUAUAAAAUUUCCUU